AAGCCGACUCAUUCCUAAAACUGAUUCCUCUGCAAAAUCUGCUCUCUUUCUCUAACCCCUCACUCCAUCCACAAUAUAAAUAAACCCUUCAAUCCCCAGCCUUUGAAGCCACUCCUCUUUCUCCAAACACAAUACAUACAUGAUGGCUGCUACAGACACUGCCGAGCGAAAGGCAACGCGCUCAGGGCAAGCUCCGCCGCCUGAGCCGGAGCACCUCCCCUGCCCGCGCUGCUCCUCCACCAACACCAAGUUCUGCUACUACAACAACUACAACUUCUCCCAGCCGCGCCACUUCUGCAAGGCCUGCCGCCGCUACUGGACCCACGGCGGCACCCUCCGCGACAUCCCCGUCGGCGGCGGCAGCCGCAAGAACGCCAAGCGCUCCCGCUCCGCCUCCGCCGCCGCCGCGGGGGGCCACAAUGUCGUCUUCUCCCACCCGCCCCACCACCACGACUUCCGCGCCUUCCCCGCCGCCGCCUUCCCCUUCGCCGCCGAUCACUCCGCCGCGGGGCCGUUCUCCGUCUCCGGCGACGCUAAAAUCUGCGGGAGCUUCACCUCGCUGCUGAACACGCAGGGGGCCGGGCUCUGGGCUCUGGGCGGGUUCGGGCUGGGCCACGGGUUCGAGGAGGUGGGAUUCGGGCUGGGGCGGGCUGUGUGGCCGUUUCCUGGGGUGGUUGAGGGGGGGCCCGCGGGCGGGGGGUCUACUGUGGCGGGGAACACGUGGCAGAUUGAGAGUGGGGAGAGUGGAUAUAGCAACGCUGACUAUUUUGCUCUGCCGGAUCUUGCUAUUUCCACACCGGGAGGAAGUUUUAUGAAAUGAUGAUUUAAAUCAUUUAUUUACUUGUGCUUUUGUAUUUAGGAAAGUGAAGUUACGAGGUAGCAUAUGCAUAUGAGAGGAGGAAUAUCGAAGUUGGUUUGGUGGCAGAGACUGUUUUUGCAGUUUUCGUGAAUGCCAAUCGCCAUAGGGGUUUUGGUUGUUUUUUAAUUGGCCAAUCAUCUUGUUCUCAUGCCAUACUCCUACAUCCUUAUGAAUGUUCACAGUUUUUAUUUUUUUA